CUGGGCGCGGGGCCGCCAUUUUCUCUGAGGCGCGGAACGAGCGGCGCCGGGCGGGACCGGGGCGCGGGGGACCCGCCGGGGGCCCGGGACACAGAUGAUGUGCUUCAUCCUUUUGUCAUAGGACUUCAUUUGCUGAAAGGAAAACUGAAGGCCGCACCAAUGGAGCACAUCCAGGGAGCUUGGAAGACCAUCAGCAAUGGGUUUGGGCUGAAGGAUUCUGUCUUUGAUGGCCCCAACUGUAUCUCUCCGACCAUCGUGCAGCAGUUCGGGUACCAGCGCCGGGCGUCCGACGAUGGCAAAAUCUCGGAUACGUCCAAAACCAGCAACACCAUCCGCGUCUUCCUGCCCAACAAGCAGCGCACUGUGGUGAAUGUGCGAAAUGGGAUGACCUUGCAUGACUGUCUCAUGAAGGCCCUGAAAGUCAGAGGUCUGCAGCCAGAAUGCUGUGCAGUUUUUCGACUUCUUGCUGAACCGAAAGGAAAGAAAGUGCGCUUGGAUUGGAACACAGAUGCUGCCUCCCUGAUUGGAGAGGAGCUGCGAGUGGACUUCCUUGACCAUGUCCCACUCACCACACACAAUUUUGCUCGGAAGACAUUUCUGAAGCUUGCCUUCUGUGACAUCUGCCAGAAGUUCCUGCUCAAUGGCUUCCGGUGUCAGACGUGUGGCUACAAAUUCCACGAGCACUGCAGCACCAAGGUGCCAACCAUGUGUGUGGACUGGAGCAACAUCAGGCAGCUCUUAUUGUUCCCAAAUUCAAAUAUCAGUGACAGUGGUGUCCCUGCACUACCUCCCUUGACAAUGAGACGGAUGCGGGAGUCUGUCUCCCGGAUACCUGUUAGCUCCCAGCACAGGUAUUCUACACCUCAUGCCUUCACUUUCAACCCAUCCAACCCUUCCUCUGAGGGCUCUCUGUCCCAAAGGCAGCGCUCCACAUCCACCCCAAACGUGCACAUGGUCAGCACCACGAUGCCUGUGGACAGCCGGAUCAUCGAGGAUGCAAUUCGAAGCCAUAGUGAAUCAGCCUCACCCUCUGCUCUGUCUGGAAGUCCUAACAAUAUGAGCCCAACUGGCUGGUCUAAAACCCCAGUCCCAGCCCAAAGAGAGAGAGCCCCUGGAUCUAACACACAGGAAAAAAACAAAAUUAGGCCUCGUGGACAGAGAGACUCCAGUUAUUACUGGGAAAUAGAAGCCAGUGAAGUGAUGCUCUCCACCAGGAUAGGCUCAGGCUCUUUUGGGACAGUUUACAAGGGCAAAUGGCAUGGGGAUGUAGCAGUGAAGAUCCUAAAGGUUGUAGACCCAACCCCAGAACAGUUCCAGGCUUUCAGGAAUGAAGUGGCUGUGCUGAGGAAGACCCGGCACGUGAACAUCCUGCUCUUCAUGGGCUACAUGACCAAGGACAACCUGGCCAUUGUCACACAGUGGUGUGAGGGCAGCAGCCUCUACAAACACCUGCACGUGCAGGAGACCAAGUUCCAGAUGUUCCAGCUCAUCGACAUCGCCCGCCAGACCGCGCAGGGCAUGGACUAUUUACAUGCAAAGAACAUCAUCCACAGAGACAUGAAAUCCAAUAAUAUAUUUCUUCAUGAAGGCCUCACAGUGAAAAUAGGAGACUUUGGUCUGGCAACUGUAAAAUCCAGGUGGAGUGGAUCCCAGCAGGUGGAGCAGCCCACGGGCUCCAUCCUGUGGAUGGCCCCCGAGGUGAUCCGGAUGCAGGACAGCAACCCCUUCAGCUUCCAGUCAGAUGUCUACUCCUAUGGAAUAGUGUUAUAUGAGCUGAUGACAGGAGAGCUGCCCUACUCCCACAUCAACAACAGAGAUCAGAUCAUUUUCAUGGUUGGCAGGGGCUAUGCUUCCCCAGACCUCAGCAAGCUGUACAAGAACUGCCCCAAGGCCAUGAAGAGGCUGGUAGCAGAUUGUUUGAAGAAGGUUAGGGAAGAACGACCCCUGUUCCCACAGAUCCUGUCGUCCAUCGAGCUGUUGCAGCACUCUCUACCCAAGAUCAACCGCAGCGCCUCGGAGCCGUCCCUGCACCGCGCCGCCCACACCGAGGACAUCAACGCGUGCACGCUGACCUCCACCAGGCUGCCCGUGUUCUGAGCUGGGUCCUGGGCUGUGUCCUGAGCUGCUCCUGCCCUGCUCCCCGGCUGCAGCAGCAGGAGGAACACGAGUUGUGCCUCCCCACCUGGUGGCCAGGCUCCUCCGGCAGGGCCCUCCGCGUCCCAUCGUACAGAGAAGCUGCUACGGAUUCGUGCAGUUCUCAGCCCGCAGGGACACAGCUCCUCAUUGCCUUUGCUACCAUCUCUUGUUCUGGGAGAGGUAACAGACUACAAAUCAAGAGAUCUAUUACUAUUUUUUUAAUAGAUGCACUUGAGCCUUAUUUUCCCCUUCCCAGAAGCGAUGGCUGUUUCUUUGGCAGUGGUUCUGGCUGGGUUUGCUCUGUGCUCAGUGAGGUGGCUCUGAGGACAGGUGAUGUUCUGGUGCUCUGACUGCCCCAUGCCAAGUGUCACCUCACCCUGGGGAGUUGUGCCUGGAGUGGGAAGAGGAAAUAACUCGGGAAAUCAGCUCCUGCCUAAGAGCUUCACCAAGCCAAUGAAAUAAGUUCAAAUGCUAAUUCAACACAAAAUAGUUUUGCAAUAGUUUUGCACAUAGAAGAAAAACUCUUGCAAAAGGAUGGAAUCUGUUGUGAAUUGUCCUGCUCAGAGAAGGAGGUGAGCCAGUCCUGCUUUGGUCACCUUGAGAAGCCUCCCAGCUGCCUUUGGUACUAUGGACCUGUUUGUGCAGCCCAGGCAGGGUGAGUGAGGAGUGCUGGGCUGGGAGAGGCUGAGGAUGUUCCCACCUCCUGCAGAGGCUGCAUCCCAGCGGAAGCUGUCGUCCAAGAGAUGCACUAGCAAGAGGAAACUGAGCAUAUACAGUUUUUCUUGUUGAUUUGGGUUUUAAUUUUGUUUUUAUUGCUCCUGAGAAAAUGCAUUUAUUGUAAGCCAAGGUUCCUCUGAUUAUCUUAUUUUAAUAAAAUAAAUUAAAUUUUA